AGGCACCGUUCAUUCUCUGGGAAUAGAACAAUUGCUUCCCACAGAAUUAGAACAAAAAAAGAACAGGAAAAAACACAGCCAGAAAAAACGAAGAAAUGGAAGAAAUUCAAACGGGGCAAGGGAAAUCAUUUGCAGCUCUAGUGAUUUUCAUCCUUGUAUUUUCUUUCCACUUCGUGUCUAAGUACAUCGAAUCCCAAAAAAACAAGAGAGGAUCCGGCGAAAAUUUGGAUGUUAGAUUGCGACAAGAAAUCAAGCAGCUUUUGAAGGAGGCCAGUUCUUUAUCGCAGCCUUCAACAUUUGCUCAAGCUGUAAAACUGAAAAGAACGGCUGCUGUGAAGGAGAAGGAACUUGCAAAGUAUCUAGAGAUGCAAGAGAAGGAUAUGAAGUCAGUUAGUUCAUACGGAAAGCACUUGAUGAUAUCAAAGGUAUUUACGUAUUUUGUUCUGAUUUUAUGGUUCUGGAAGAUACCUGUGGCCACAAUAUCUGAUCAACUCGUGCACCCUUUUGGAAGGUUGCUCUCUUGGAGAGCAGGAACUUCUUUGAAGGACAGUGUUGUGAUUGGAGUCAUACCAUGGUUGAUAGUAUCUGAAAGAGUGAGCAAAUUUAUGUGCAGGAAGGUAUUCGAGUAAGAUUUUCUUUGCAGGGAAGUUUUGAGAUCAACAGCAACAGGAGACUACGUAGAUUAGCCUACCAUUUUACUUUUCCUUUUUUUCUUUGUUCUUUUUCCCUUCUUUAGAUUUUCCCUUCUUUAGAUCAUAUGUUUCCUACAAGUGAUCACUUGAAGUUCUGCCCCAGUAUUGGUGCAUACAUGUUAGUGUUGUGCAGCAUAUAUAACUUUUUUUUUUUUGGAUAAAAGCAGUCUUAUACAACUUAUUUGCCAUGUACUCGUCCAAAAUGGAUCAAAAUUGUUGAAUGUAUUACAGUUUAGCAGUA